GUUCGGCACACAGGACACCCCUGCUCCGUUCAGCCCAGCACAGGAGAGCACCCUCAACUCAGGGGGUAGUCAUGGCCAGGUUUCUUCCUUCUUUUGGAGGGGUAGGAGGAAAGCUCUCGUCAGGGCAGCAGCACCCUCUCCUGCUGUGGUUGGAUGUCCCUGGGUACGAGCAGGGUCCGUUGCUCUUGCUGUCUAUAGCAGCUUACUAUCUGCUGCUUUUCGCGUGCGGUUGGUUCGUGCUACAGUGGUUCCGGCGUGGCCGCCCGUGGGCCAGGGCCCGUUCGUUCCUCGCCGGGAAGAGCAAGAUCGAUCUGGGCGCGGCGGGCGUUGGCGGCAAGAGGGAACCCGCCCCUCCGCAGCUCCGAUACAAGAAGACCGCUUUCAAUCGGCGCCUGCUGUCGGAGACUACCGUCCUGAGACAGCCGUACGUUCCGAGCCCAUGGCUUGGACAUAGGCUCGGUGGCCACAUGCAGAGCUUCAUGUUUGCCACCUGGUGCCCUCCCGGUGACCGGGCGAUGGUGAGCCGUCUGGUUAGCCGACAAGACCGGGUGGAGUCUUCCUUCGACGGCGGCGUGUUUCGCAUGGAUUGGUUUGACCUCCGCGAGACCCCGUUGCCUGCGGACGCCCCGGUCGUCUUUGUCCUCCCUGGGGUGGUGGGCCAAGGCACUAACGUUUACAUCCGGCACCUUGCGGCCCACCUUUCCACCAAGUACGGCUACCGAGUGGUCACCAAGAACUGGAGGGGAAUAGGGUUGGAAUUAUCUACAAGAAGGCCGGAGACGUGGGACCACGCCGCCCUUUCGGACUGUAGAGACGCGAUCAAGCACCUGAGACGGGCGGUCGGGGAGCACGUCCCCGUCCUUGGCGUUGGCUUUAGCUUCGGCGGCUGUGUGCUGACGGCCAUCGCAGGCACGGUGCCGCAGGAGGAGCACGGGUUGUGCGGGCUGGUGAGCAUCUCCGGGCUCUUCGACAUGCCGGCCAUGAUGAAGCACAUCGCCGAGCAGUAUGCGUACCCGUACGGCUUCGCCAACACGAAGGUAACGGUGAAGAACUACCGCAAGUUCAAGGUGUUGGAAACCCUGACUGCGGAGGCUGAUGCUUCCGUUAUCGACGGUCGAAGCAGCGGCCCGAUCCGCAUCAGCAGCAGCUGCUUCAGUGACGAUGAGGGGAUGGGUCUCGGGCGGUCGUCCUCGUCGGCUACUGCAGAGGAGCCCUUGCGGCCGUCAACAGGGCCGAUACGAACGAGAAAGAAGUUGCGCCCGGCGUCGGCGGCGGCGGGGGGGGCUGCGGCAACGGUGGAAGCGGGUUGUUGCGCCGCGAGCCAAGCUCCUUCUAGCGCCUCCGCCAUAGCGUCGUCGGCCGCACGCGCCUCUCUCUCAGCCGGCAGCGGAGCUAGUGGAGGGCUCGUCAAUGGUCAGACGACGCCAACCACUGUGGCGGCAGAGGCAGUCGCUUCGCGGCGCGGAGACGAGGUAUUCCACACGGCUUCGUUGCUUGACUCCGGCCGCGGGAAGGAAGGGGAGGUAGCGGUGCCGGCGGGAGCGGGGCCAGGGGCAGGUGCUUCGUCGAGGUUGGUGACGGCGAAGGAAAUGGCGGCGAUGAAGGACCCGAGCGCUUUUCACGAGGCGCUGACGCUACCGUUCACGGGGGACUCGAGCGUGGACGCGUACUUUCAACGAAUCGGGCGGAUUAUGGGCCAGCAUGUGUCUUCGGUAACCGUGCCGACGCUGUGCCUCCUCGCCAAAGACGACCCGCUCUGCCCCCCGCACGCCUGGGUGGGUGCUCUCGAAGCGGCCGCGAAGAGCGACGGCAUUGUGGUCGCCAUCACGGAGCACGGGGGCCACUGCGGCUGGUUCGACGGGCUCGGUGCUGGCUCCUGGCUGGAUCGGGCCACGGGAAAUUUCCUGUCGUCCGCUUUGGAGCUGUCGAAAGAGCCGGCCGCCGCCCGCGCUACCGCUGACCGCGGCGCGAUUCCUAUAGCAGAGGCGUCUACUCGAACCUCGGAAGCCGCCGAGAGCCGAGAGCCGUCUGUAUGUACCACUGAUCACAGGAGAUGAGGCCUGCAACACGUACCAGUCACCCCCAGCUGCGUGUCAGGCGUGCACGCGCGGCGGUGCGCGCUGUUACGCGGCAGCACUCACCGAUUUUUUUUAGACCUGAGUCGGGCGUCCUUCGGGCACCCGUGGGCCGUCGCGGCACUGUGAACGACACCCGCUGCGAUUUUUUUUCUGCUCUGGAAGCGUUUUGGUGGCGUACCCCUUCUCAGACUUAAACGCCGACGAAACGCACCCCCCUCUCGGGUCUAGACUCGUGAGCUACAGGCUGUUUUGCGGGUUUCUAAGUGGGUACGUAACACAGCACGUCGAGGAUGGUGAUCGCGUCAUAGCUUGGUAGAACGAGGAGCAGCAGGCCUGUAUCUCUCCGAACGCCGAUGUUUGGAGUGAGGUCGUUUCACGUGAGAGGGGUGAAGGAAAGCACGCCUUUUCUUUUCUCGUAAACGGCGCAAGUAAAGCUGACACCAUGGUCUCACUUUUUCCGCGCUACCCGCAGUCAUCUGAAGUACGUGAGGCCCCCUUGUUAUUGGCGUGUAUUAGUUCGGGAAUUUAGUUGGUGCCCUCCGAACAAGCUGUCACAUGUGUUCACAUCUGUUGCGCUUGUUGUACGCGACUUGUUGCGUAUUUUCUCGUCGCAUGGUUCUGUGUCGCAGCUUUGACAGGAAAGAAGCGUUGUUCACCUAUGCAUGUUGCACUGUAGGCCCCAGCCGGCAAUCAUACUGCCAUGCUUCCCAUUCCGUUGCUUGUUUUGUUCACAUUGACAGGGCGGCACUCAGCCAGCACUCAUUCAAACUGUGUAUUAGUCCCCCUGUAGACUGUUGGUCAUCCUCUGUUUCGCUUAGAUGCUCUGUGCUUGAUUGUCAUUCGGCCUUCGAGCACACGUCAGGGGGCCGACGAGUAGGAACGAUGCCAGCAAACAAAUGACUGGGCGCUCGUUUUACGUUUUGAUGCACUGCCAGUACGUGGAUCGGCCGUUUCUCCGUGUGUCGACUGAUUGGUCUGUUUGAAUUGAGAGGACCUCGGUUGGCAGUCUUGACGCGGCUUUCCUAGUGGUGAGCUUCGCUAUCUGUCCGUUUGUACAAUCGCGACAGCAGUCGCAUCGCUUCGUGUGGCAGUGGUUUGGCUUAAUCGUUUGCUUUAGUGCAACGGCUGUGUUGCGUUUUGCUUGAUUGAAAUGUCCACUACUGUUCUGCGUUAUGUCGAAUAUGUCGAAUAUGACGUGUAGGUGAUACGAGCUCGGAGGAACUUCGUUUGGAGGUUCUUUCAUGCAAUGCUGUCCAGCCUGCGCUCGUCGCGAAACAAGAACCAGAACCACCUGCUGUAGUAGAGAGCUAUAAUAGGAAGAGCGGUCCAUGACGUUGUAGAAUUUGGGAGGUGGGCGAUACACCAGGAACUUCUUCCGGCCGGCGAGUCGUUUAGCGCCACGUGUUGCGCUGCUACGAAAGGCCCAGCGAAAAAGGGGUACUGUCAGACGCAACCUUCGAUGCAAGAGGCGGUUGCGGACGAGAGAUCAUAAAUUACUGGAGCUACGACCUACCCUUCGGUGUUCUCGGUCGAAGUGUUGUAGAACGAGAGAAUGUUCGUGCUGUGAGGCGAGCAGUGUUCACAAUUCAUCUCCUUGAGCUACUUCCAGCAGUGGCACUCGGAGGAUGGGACUAACGAUCCGGGCCCUUCGCAGAGGUCGUUACUCUGUGUGCAUUGGUCCGGAGCGGUUGAGUUACAGAGGAGGCAACACGUUUUGGGACAACAGGGAGGAACUGCAUGGAAUUCUGAAGCCUUAGGAUAGCUUUAAUCUCGUCGUUCGAUAUCCGUGUUUUGUGGGGUCCCCCGCUUCCUGUGUCCGCCCCCCCCGGUGCUUGCCAUCGGGGUUGGGUCUUCGUCGCUUGGCAACGGCGUU